UUUGAAAAAACUAUCUAAACGACCUAAAAGUUCGAAGUCACGAUGCAGAAAUUUAUGGUAUCUCUCUUGCUGUCGGCUGCUAUAAUGCCCAUGUUGCUGGAUCAAGCUUGCGGACAGUUUUAUGCCUGUGGAGAUAACGCUAUUUGUGGACCUGAUGAAUAUUGUAGCGACAAUAUCUGGGAAUGCCGAGAUAAAAUCGAAUGUGAAAGCGACGAUGAUUGUGAAUCUGACCAAUACUGCGAUAAGUAUCUAGGGGCUUGUGACGAUGAAGACUGUGGAUUAUACGGCGAAUGUGAACCUGGUCAAUAUUGUGACUGGGGUAUGUGGAAAUGCUAUAAUCAAGGUUAAUGACUUUGAUGGUCAUGAGUCAUUCAAGAGUCAAGUUUUUGCAAAGAGAGGAAGAACAACGCAAACAGAGAAAAUAAAUUUUACUUUGCUGAAUAUGGAAUAAUAAAAUAUUCUACAAUAAUA